GAAAGACAGCCCCAGGGGGAGAGAGGAAGAUAGAUGAAGCAGCAGUCUAUUUUUCUCUGUGGUUUUCACAUGUAAUAUACCUACUAGACUAACCAGCUGCUGCACAGCAGAGCCUCUGUGUGAUCUCUCAGAAUGGGUGCCUACACUGAAUAUCCACUUGACGAUGACUACAUGUACAGUGAGAACAGUUCUUAUAGUGAUAUUGAGUUUAAUAUCACAGUGGACUGUCCCAUCUCACACCUCCAGGGCUCCGAGAUCUUCCUCCCCGUGGUCUAUUACAUCAUCUUUUUCACUGGUUUUUUGGGCAACCUCUUUGUUAUCUCAGUCGUGGGAGGCAAAGGUAGAAGAGGUGGGCGGCUGGUGGAUACGUUUGUUGUCAACCUGGCCCUGGCCGACCUAAUCUUCGUCCUCACCCUGCCUCUGUGGUCCCACUCUGCGAGCCAGAACGGCAAAUGGAUGUUCGGGAACGAGCUGUGCAAGCUGAGCAGCUACAUCAUUGCUGUGAACCGCUUCUCCAACAUCUUCUUCCUCACUUGCAUGAGUGUCGACCGCUACCUGGCCGUGGUGAAGCUGAUGGAUUCCAGGUACCUGAGGAGCAGCCGGUGCAUCCGUGCCACUUGUGCUGCAGUGUGGUUCUUCUCCCUGUUGCUCGGCAUCCCAUCCCUGGUGUACAGAAGAGUGGACGAGUCCGAUGAGAUGCCCUGCUGCGUGGAAGAUAGCAGCUCAACUUUUUUUCUGGGCCUGAGUUUGGUCAUGGCGUUACUCACCUUUGUGUUUCCAGUGUUGAUCAUCGUGCUCUGCUAUGGCACUAUCAUCAUGCAUCUCAACAAGCACUGUGUGGCUGCUGCAAACCCCCGAGCUGCAGCUCGCCGCAGACACUCCCUGAAGAUGGUCCUGUCCAUCAUAGUGGCCUUUGUGGUGUCCUGGCUCCCCUACAACGUCUUCAAAGUCAUCAUGAUUUGCUCUCAGCUCUCGCAUGCAAAACUGAACUGUGAAGCUGUGUCGUGGCUAACAAACGGGCUCCAAGUCUCUUGCUGCCUGGCCUUCCUCAACAGCUGCGUGAAUCCAGCCAUUUACUUUUUCCUGGACCAUCACUUCAGACGAAGCGCCGUGAUCAUGUACAUGACCUGCGCAGGAAAGCCAAAGCUGCUCCACAGCUACAAUUCCUCCGCGUCAUUCACCAACGUGGGCACCUCCGAGAGCUUUGCAACCUCUGGUGGGAGAAGUCAGCUGCAGAUGUCUGAGUAAACACAGCUCUUAUCUUCCGUUUUGAAGUUUGUAAAGUUAUUGUUCUGUUAUCUUUUAAGGUCUAUCUGCUGUGUUCGUUUUCAUAAUGUGAGGCUUUGUUCAUAUUUCUCUGAAGGGAUGUUAGUAAGCAUUAUCAGGACGGUGCUGUAUAGUUUUGUUCCAAUGAAUCAUGUUUUAUUUUGUCAUAUAUUCUCUUAUGUUAUUCUUUUUUAUUACAAUAGUCUUAUUAUUAUUAUAUGCUCUCCAUUCUGCUUACAGUAUACAAUAUUGUACAGUAGUGUUGAUAUAUGAGGAAGUAUCCACUGAUAUCUUUUCUUUGUAUAAAAAUCAAAAUUUCCAAAUCCAAUUUUUGCAGCAUUAGUUGGGAAAAUGCAUUAAUUUACAGGUUUAAAUAUAUAUUUUUUUAAAUGUGCAAGAUAACUUUUUUGUGUGAAUUGUUUUAUGUACUGAAGGCAAGAAUUGAAUUAUGUUUUUACUGUAAAAUGUUUGCAUAAUGUUACAAAAUGCAAUGAAAUGUAUAUAUUGUGAUAAAGUGACAUUUCAAAAAUAAAGGCUGAAAAGAAA